AUGAGCGAUGCAAAGCAAGCUGAGGGCAGCGAUAACCUUCAAAAGGCGGCAGCCUUUAUGGUUGGAUUCUCUCUGUUCCAGCUCUUCUUGUUGGUGGUUUCUGCCAGCAAGUUUUCGGCUGGAAGAUUCCAUAUCGGCCAGAGCUAUGUCGCCUUGUACAUCAACCGGAUGAUCAUCUCGUUCAGAACAUGUUCACUCUUUGGGAUCACACUCAUGACUUUGUACGAUCAAUUCAUAGGUUAUGGGAUAAGUGCAGUUUCUAGUGUAUUGGCAGUGCUGAUAUCUUCCCUCUACGCAAUCAUCCUGUUUGUUUACUGCAUUGGAGGGACCCAGGGUCACAUCACACUCUACUACUGGGUAAUCGUUGCAACAUCAUUCAUUCACGGAUUAAGCACGGUUUGUGUUAGUAAUGUAGCUUCAGGCGAUAUCGCCUUCUUUCUCGGCUCUAUGCCCGUAGCCGGUAUUUUAAUGUCUCUGUAUCAUAUCACCUUUUUGUCAGCUGCAGAAAAAUUGCGGAUUUCAAAUGUUAAUUACUGGAUCGUCUCAUGGCAAUUGGCAAUGUCCAUUGUACUAUCUAUAAUCUCUGCCAUAGUGUGGAUUGUUGCCUAUAGCACUCCUAAACAACCUGCUGGAGGCUCUGCUACUGGUUCAUCUGGAAAUAUAAAUAAGGACCCAUUCUUUACGGCACUCAUUCAGGCUCUAUCGCCAAUCUUAAUGGUAUCGUUUGGAUUCGGUCUUCAGAAUGCCUUUUAUCCAGCCAUUGCACCUUACAAGUUGGCAGGUGUCAAGAAUGGAUAUAACAUCUCCCUUGUAGUAUUAUUCACGGGGGCUAUACCUCCGUUGACCAUACUUUGCCUAAAGGAACACAAAAUUGGUCCAAAUAAGCCAUGGAAUCAAUCUUGGCACUGGCAUUUCGGUUGGAUCUUCUAUAUCGUUGAACUCAUUUGUGGCAUCCUCUUUAUAAUCACACUACACUAUCCAAACUGGAGUAUAUCAAGGAGGAUCAUUAAUGAUGUGCGGAUAAUUGGUGUUUUAACUGUAGUUUAUGAUUUUUGUGUCCAGGCCACAAAGGGUAUUGGAGCCAAUGGAGCAGCCAUGCAAGGAAAUGGCAAGCAUCCCAAGAUGUCGACAUUCACUACCUUUUUCUACUCAUUCAUUCAGUUAUCUAUUGCGUUCAUGGGGGACGGUUACAUUAGAACCUAUAGAAAAUAUGAACAUAGGGAUGAUUGGCCCACUAAACACUGUAGCACCAAAAGGGCAUUCUGGUUCUGGAUAUGGAGCGCAACAAAAGUCUCGUACCAUACUCUUGGGACAGCAUUCACACGAGAUUUGAGAACCGAAAUUUUAGGCAAAAAGAGCCAUCUUUUUAUUGUCUAUGAAGAUGCUCCACCUGAAGACGAAGAUCCCCUCGUUGACCUUCCAUUCAUUCACAAGGAACCUACACACGAUAACAACUUCACGGGAAUACACAUUUUCCACUCUUCUCCCGUUAUAAAUGUAGUUUUCUCAUGA